UGCCGGUUUAUCGUUGCCAAAUACUUUGCAAGUCGGAAAAAUAAAUUGACAAAACAAACGGCAAUUCAGCUAAACUUGUUAAAUUUCAAUCGGAUUUUUGUAGCAAACUAAAGCAGGAUGCCCGUGCUGCCGAUGCCACCGCUUAUCCAGAACGCAGUAGAACCGAUGCAAGUGGAUGCGCCACCGAACGAGGACAAUGAAAACAACGAGGAGCAGCAGAUUGUGGUGGAGAAUCCCAGUAUAGAUCUCGAGGUGUACGCCAAUCAAUAUUCCGGGAUCGUUCGACUUCAUCGCUUGAUUUAUGUGGCUGAUGUCUGCCCGAUUCUGGCUGUGGAAGCUCUUAAAAUGGCCAUUACUUAUGUGCAAAACACCUACAACGUUAAUCUCUACCAGGUGCUGCACAAGCGGCUAAGCGAUUUGAAUGCCGGAAAUGCCCCAGCUCCACCCGCGAAUGCUGGUGGAGAGCAAGCAGCAGCUCCGCCAGGUGCUCCGGCAGCUGCACCUUUGCCGGAUAUUGCCGCCCAACCGGUGGCCCAGGCUCAAGGACAAGCUCAGCCCGCUGGCGAGAAGGACGCUUUUGCGUAUGACGCCGUAUGGGUAGACACCAAGCUGAAGAAGGCGGCCCUGAAGCUGGAGAAGCUGGACUCCGACCUGAAGAACUACAAGUCCAAUUCGAUCAAGGAAAGCAUUCGCCGAGGGCACGAUGACCUGGCAGACCACUACCUUAGCUGUGGCGAUCUCACUAAUGCCCUUAAGUGUUAUUCGCGGGCCAGAGAUUACUGCACCAGUGGCAAGCAUGUGGUCAACAUGUGCCUGAACGUAAUCAAGGUGUCCAUCUACCUGCAAAACUGGGCUCAUGUGAUGAGCUAUAUAUCGAAAGCAGAAAGCACUCCAGAUUUUGCCGAAGGUUCCAAGGAGGCCAACGCCCAGGUGCAUACUCGCCUGGAGUGCGCCGCUGGGCUGGCGGAGCUACAGCAAAAGAAGUACAAGGUGGCUGCUAAGCAUUUCCUGAAUGCCAACUUUGAUCACUGCGAUUUCCCCGAGAUGAUUUCCACCAGCAAUGUAGCGGUUUACGGUGGCCUCUGCGCCCUGGCCACCUUUGACAGGCAGGAGCUUAAGCGUCUGGUCAUCGCCUCCACAUCUUUUAAGCUUUUCCUGGAACUCGAGCCGCAACUUAGAGAUAUUAUUUUCAAGUUUUACGAGAGCAAAUACGCCUCCUGUUUGACGCUACUGGAUGAGAUCAGGGACAACCUGCUGGUGGACAUGUACAUUGCUCCCCAUGUGACCACUCUGUACACCAAGAUAAGGAACCGCGCCCUAAUCCAGUACUUCAGCCCAUACAUGUCGGCUGAUAUGCACAAAAUGGCCAUGGCCUUUAACUCAUCUGUGGGCGAUCUGGAGAACGAGGUAAUGCAGCUUAUAUUGGACGGACAGAUCCAGGCGCGUAUCGAUUCGCACAACAAAAUUCUGUAUGCCAAGGAGGCGGAUCAGAGGAACAGCACCUUCGAGCGGGCCUUGAUCAUGGGAAAGCAGUACCAGCGUCACACCAGGAUGCUUGUGCUCCGAGCUGCUAUGCUCAAGAGCCACAUCCACGUUAAGAACAUUUCGAGGGAGGGCGGCAGCAGCCACGGCGCCGAACUUUGCGUAUCCGCCGGGUCCUCCACAACCGCCCAGCUGGCCAGGAUCUAAGAAAACCCAGCACCCAAUAUUCAAUAAAGUCUAUGAAAUAUGUAUAUCACACACUGGCGAAAUAAAAAAUUUUAGCGAAGCUAAUUAAGAAAAAAAAACACAAA